UGCCUCCUGGCCCGUCACCCACUUUGCGGGAGAGAGGGGGUUGCAACAGAUUUUUCCGCCCGCCCACGUCCUUUGCCCCAGGCCAGGGACGGGAUUGCAAGUUUUAAUGCACCCAGCCUCCUUUUGGAACUUAAUUCCCUUGGCCGAAAUCACCCUCCCACUGCUCCUCAACGCAUGCUCGCGGGCAUGCAGUUGUUGUCCCUGUUGGCAAAGUUUGAAGAGGGGUCCCUACCCCUGCACCCCUCCGCCCCGCCCCCCUCACACACACCCCCCAGAACCCCGGGGCGUGCAAGGCUCGCGGCUGCUGGGAAACGCCCGCUGCAAUCCCCUUGACCCUGCCCUGUAACUGACCCUUGGGGAAAAGCCCCCCGCACGGCUACUGCGCAUGCUCUGAGCUGGACAGCUCCAGAGAGGGAAAUUUAAAAACGGUUCGAGCUGCGACGGCGGCCAAAUUGCGGAACGCGAGGGGCGAGCGCGAGGGAGCCCCCCUCCGGAACCCCUGCCCGCCCCCGGAGUGCCGGCAGCGGCGGCCCCGCGAGGAUCGGCUCCAGGAGAUGAUAGAAAGUGACAUCUCAUCCAUAAUGUCAGGAAUUAUUCGAAACUCAGGGCAAAAUCACCACCCCUCUCCACAGGAAUACAGGCUUCUAGCCACCACCAGCGAUGACGACCUCCCCGGGGACCUGCAGUCGCUGUCGUGGCUCACGGCGGUAGAUGUGCCUCGGCUGCAGCAGAUGGCAAGUGGCCGCGUGGACCUGGGUGGCCCCUGCGUGCCACAUCCACACCCAGGUGCCUUGGCUGGGGCAGCCGACCUGCAUGUGGGAGCCACUCCAAGUCCCCUUCUCCAUGGCCCAGCAGGCAUGGCCCCCGGAGGCAUGCCAGGUCUGGGCCCCAUCACUGGCCAUGGAGACAGCAUGAGCCAGUUCCCCGUGGGGGGCCAGUCCUCAUCUGGCCUGCAAGACCCGCCGCAUCUGUACUCACCUGCCACCCAACCACAGUUCCCGCUCCCCCCGGGUGCCCAGCAGUGCCCUCCUGUGGGCCUCUAUGGCCCCCCAUUUGGGGUACGGCCCCCCUACCCCCAGCCCCACAUGGCUGUGCAUUCGUCUCAGGAACUGCACCCCAAACACUACCCCAAGCCCAUCUACUCGUACAGCUGUCUGAUCGCCAUGGCCCUGAAGAACAGCAAGACGGGCAGCCUGCCUGUGAGUGAGAUCUACAGCUUCAUGAAGGAGCACUUCCCCUACUUCAAGACGGCUCCCGACGGGUGGAAGAACUCGGUGCGGCACAACCUGUCUCUGAACAAGUGCUUCGAGAAGGUGGAGAACAAGAUGAGCGGCUCGUCCCGCAAGGGCUGCCUGUGGGCUCUGAACCUGGCCCGCAUUGACAAGAUGGAGGAGGAGAUGCACAAGUGGAAGAGGAAGGACCUGGCUGCCAUCCACCGGAGCAUGGCCAACCCGGAGGAGUUGGACAAGCUGAUCUCCGACCGGCCUGAAAGCUGCCGGCGCCCCGGCAAACCGGGGGAACCAGAGGCCCCUGUGCUGACUCAUGCCACCACAGUGGCCGUGGCACACGGCUGCCUGGCUGUCUCCCAGCUCCCACCCCAGCCACUGAUGACCCUGUCCCUGCAGUCAGUCCCCCUGCACCACCAGGUCCAGCCCCAGGCACAUCUUGCUCCAGACUCUCCAGCACCAGCCCAGACCCCGCCGCUGCAUGCCCUGCCGGACCUCAGCCCCAGCCCGCUCCCCCACCCCGCCAUGGGAAGGGCUCCUGUAGACUUCAUCAACAUCAGCACCGACAUGAACACUGAGGUGGAUGCCCUUGACCCGAGCAUCAUGGACUUCGCGCUGCAGGGGAACCUGUGGGAUGAGAUGAAGGAUGAGGGAUUCAGCCUGGACACGCUGGGCGCCUUCGGAGACUCCCCACUUGGCUGUGACCUGGGGGCCUCAGGUCUGACCCCUGCCUCGGGUGGCAGCGACCAGUCCUUCCCAGACUUGCAGGUGACGGGUCUCUACACAGCGUACUCCACUCCGGACAGUGUGGCCGCCUCAGGCACCAGCUCCUCCUCCCAGUACCUGGGUGCACAGGGGAACAAGCCCAUAGCCCUGCUUUGAGCUGUCAGCCUUACCUGCCCCGGAACCCCGGCACCCGGCUUGGGCAGAGAACUGACUGGAUCAGGGUGUUCCCAGAAGGCAGGUCCCUCAUGGUCCCCGAAGCCUCUCCUAAACCUGUGGCGAAAUUGCUGGCUGGACAGGGAAGCGGUUCCCCUCAGCAGCCCCUCUCUUCCUCGUGCCUCCCACUGGAGCUUCCGGGACAGUUUCUGGGGGCUCUUCCAAGUCAGAAGGAUGGAGGAGGGCGGACAAGCAACCCAGCGUCCCCCGACUCCUUGACACUCCUCCAAGGCCUGAGCUGUAACGCCUGGCCAUGUUGAGUGACACUUCUCCAUCCUGGAUCCUGGCUGGGUGACCUCAAUGACCUGCACCCCAUUUUGGGACACCUUUGUGCAUUGAGGAGACACCCUGGGGUGAAAGCCCUUGAAUUCAUCCUCAUGGGAAAUGGCUGAGUGGAUCAAACCUCAGCCGUAGCCUCCAGGGGCCAGGCCCAGAGCAGGAAAUGGAGCCAGAGAACCUUGAGCCUCUCUCUCUUGGAUAGGACAAGCUGAACUCUGAAAUGGGAGCCAGUCCAGGUGGCCUUCAGCCCCACCUUUCCAAUAGUCUAUUAGAAUUUUAUUAGAGCAGAUUCCUGGGCCAUGCCGGGUACCGUGACCAGGUGUAAAUUUAUUUAUAUUUAUUGUGGCCCAUCCACCCCACUUCUUUAAACCCAGCCCGAGGCCUCUGGAAUGAGACUCCUCCUCCCUCCCUACCUCCCAGCCAUCCUAACUCCUACAGGCCAGAGAAUGACAUCUCUAACUGGCUCGUAUUCCCUUGGCAGCCUGGGGCUACUUUUUAGAACCAGCAAGCACUGUUGAUACUGUGAACCAUCCUAUUUUUUCCAUAUUAGAGACCAGAUAUUUUUCCACCUGUUCAUGAUUCACAUCUCUUCUUGCAUGUACCUAAGAGAGGCGGUGCCAUUGUUUGGGGGCUUGGGGGGCUUUCAAAGGGGAAAAUGCAAUGGGAGAGGGAGGAACUGGAGGAGGGUGCUUUUGUACUGGGAUUUAAGACUCUCCUGAGGGAAUGAAAGCCAGCUGAACCAUGUAAAGCUCGAACCACGUGGCGAGUGGUGGACAAAACUUCGAUGCAUAUUUAUUGGCACUUCCUCACCUCCCUUUGUCCCACAGCUGUUUUUAUGUUUCUUUUUCUCUCCUUGCUAAUUACUGACUCCCCAAGUGGCAAGUUCCUCAGAUAGCUGGGUUAAAGGAGAGACAGGUGAGUGAGCUAGUCAAUUGUGAAAAAUGCUCUCCCAGCAAAGCUGAGACAAAACUGGAGAAGCUGCAGCCUCACGCACCAUCCCCCUCUUUCCACCAGAUGGAUGUUGACUGUGUCUGGGAGUUCCUGAACCCUAGAGCCAGGAUGUUCUGUUUCAUCAACAGCUCAGCCAGCUGCCUGGGAGCUUUGGCAUUAAGCCCCGCCUUGAAGGGAGAGCUUUAAGUUUUUCCUAGUUCUGGAACUUUCCACCGAGCAUCCACCACCCUUAGACACAAUCCCAGUGCUACCCGUCCAACCUGCACUGUCAUCUGCUUUGUGUGACAUGGCCCCCGAUAAGGUGUUGAAAUUGUUAUUCAUGAAGACUCCGUGUUUGAGUAACAUCAAGACUGUCAGUGUAGAAUUGAGUAAAUGUCUUCUAUCAAUAAAGGCUGAACGGCA